AUGGAGAAACCCCAGAUCCCCCCUGGCUGGGUCAACUCGAUCCUGAGAUACAAGUACAACGAUGGCGAAGACAUCGUAGAAGGCCUGAAAAAGCUGUUCGGGGACAAAUUCAUCCUUAAACACCGCAAUGAUCGCUGGAUCAUAUGGGCCGAGAGGAAACUGACCGAUGAUGAAAAACGGCUGCUUGACACGGUCGCGCAUAUACAUCACUCGUCAUGA